ACUACGCUCCUCGUCGCUUGCUGUCGUAUCACAGUGUCAAUUGCCAUAGCCAGUGAUACAUUGUCGCAUAUAUUAUGUGACUGGGACGAACUUACAUCUGGAUGCUUCUUGCCUUGGACUAGCUGCGUGAGCCUGCUGCUCUAGGGCCUGGAGCUUGAGUACAAAUAAUCAGCUGCUGGUUCCGAUGCCCCGAUAGACACGUUGCGGUUGAAUUUCCACACAAUCAGUCUUUGUCCUUUUUUUCUUCAGUUUCUCUUUUUUUUUUUUUUUUUUUUUAAUUUCAUCCCUCUUACCCGUUGUUUGUGUCUUGCUUCCAACAGUCUUCAUACGAACCAUGGCAUCUGCUGUGAGUACGCCAACCGCUUCUACCCCCGCCUCGCCGCUGCCGUUAGCCCCGGCAUUGGCCUCACGCCCCCCAGCUCUCUCGGUGAAGCCAAUCGCAGCCGCAGGCUCUCCUUCUCCCUUAGUACAACGCUCUGUUACGUCAAAGGAGUGGAUUAUUCCCCCACGACCAAAGCCUGGCCGCAAGCCAGCCACGGAUACCCCCCCAACAAAGCGCAAGGCUCAAAACCGCGCCGCUCAAAGAGCCUUUCGGGAAAGAAGAGCAGCGAGAGUGGGAGAAUUAGAAGAACAAAUUAAAAAAAUUGAGGAGGAAAACGAGCAACAAGAGACAUUGAUGAAAGCACAAAUAAGCACACUAUCGAAACAACUAGAAGACUGUAGAAACGAAUUAUUAUGGUGGAAAAAGCGCUGUCAGGGACUUGAAAACGACGUUGUUACAGAGAGAAACGCUAAAGAUGCUCUGGCCAAGGAACUCCAAGCUAUCAAAGCACAGAAUCCGGCCGAAUCUGUCCCUGGUGGAUGUGAAAAUUGUUCCUCCGCCAGAUGUCAAUGCAUUGACGACGCAUUCAACGUAAACCCUUCACGGCGGCAAGAGGAUGUUUUAGCGCCAAAGCGACCACACUCCCCACAGCAGGAGUCAUCAGAUAAACGGCAGAGACCUCAACCUGAAAUUAAAACCGAACCAGAAGAACUAGAGAUAGAUUUUACAUCGCGGUUCUCCCUUCGUCGCAAUACGGAUAACGACGUGGAAGUCGUCUCCCCGAGCGCUCUCUUUGAUCCGUGCGGAUUUUGCCAGGAUGGAACCCCGUGUAUUUGUGCUGAAAUGGCUGCGGAUCAAUCUUCGGAGAGAGAAAAGCCCCAGAGGCCCAACAAACUUGCCCCUAUCCAAAACCUCGACCUCUCUCAAUUUACCCCUCCUCCCUCGGAUGGAGAUGUGUUUUCUGACGGUCUUCCCUCUAUAACUAGCAAGCCAAAUCCGUGUGCGAAUGGACCUGGUACCUGUGCACAAUGCCUCUCAGAUCCAAAAAGCACCUUGUUUUGCAAGAGUCUAGCGGCAUCACGAGGCGCAGCUAAUGCCGGCGCCGGAUGUUGCGGAGGAAGUAGUCCAGGAGAAGGCUGCUGUCAAUCGCGAGGAUCAUCCCCGAAUGACAAAGGGAAUAGCGUAUUGAAGGAUAACCCGCCAUCAACUCCUCCAAUUACAUUAAGCUGUGCGGACACUUUCACCACACUUUCGCGACACCCAAAUUUUGCUCGUGCAUCAGACGAGAUAAACACAUGGCUCCCACGGCUACAUACUCUUCCAAUUCCUCGAGGGCUCCCUUCCUCGGUCAGAAAUCGUCCUGCGAUGGAAGUGGAAGCCGCCAGCGUCAUGGGUGUGCUUCGAUAUUUUGAUAGAAGAUUCGCUAAUUAACGACAUUAUGUAUCAUUUUUCAUUUUGAUUGAUUUAUACUGGGACGGUUUCAGGCUGCAGCGAUGUGUUGGCAAAUGUGUACCGUCUGGACUUCACAGAUUUUAGGAAAAUUAUGGAAUAUCGGGGAAGGAUUUACCUUUUGGAUUUGGCCGAAGUGUUGCUCUAUUUGCUUGUUCGUUGUCUGAUUAUGUUUUCAGCCGCUCUCGAGGGGCUAAUACGGCUUAGAGGCGAUGAGAAAUCGUUUAGGGAUAUGGCGUUGAGUCUUCAAUGGGUGUAACAUGCCUGUGGACCCAUUCACAAACACCAUUCGGCCCACUCUUAGAGUAUCCUCAUACAUAUGGCAGCAUCAAAAAUUAUGUGGGGUUGGUAGGAGUCGUUGUAUUGUAUAUUAGAAAGUUCAAGGUUAUGUACUUUUGUUGACAAUAGAAGAGAGCACGAAGAAUCGCACCGAAAAAA